AUGUCGCCGAAGACCGUGAAAAGCAAGGUUUCCAAAACGAAACAACAAAAUGUCUUACAGGGUUUUGCGACCCAAACAUCACGUGACCAAGUUUCGGGAAAAAUCGGAACACGAGAGCAAGGUGAAAGCGAUGGUGAAUCUCCCAAUAUGCAUGAUGAGGUCGAUCCGGACUUCCAAUCGUAUAUAAAAAACGCUCUUAGCAGAAUUGAGAAGAAGGUGGACGCGCUUAAUGAGGAACAACACGCUAUAACUGAAAGAUUUGAGAAUAUGGAGAGGAAGCAGGCGGAUUUCGAGAGAGCGUUAACUGCGUCAUCAGAUGAAAUGACCACAUUGCGCAAUAGCCAUGAGGCGGUAGAAGGCAGACUCGGUGAAUUCGAUAGAAAGAUCAAGGAGUUGGAAGCCAAGACCAGGGAAAAUGAGGAAGAGGCGCUUCGGCUUGCUAGAUACUCAAGAGCUUUCAACCUUAGGUUUGGUGGAUUCCAGAUACAGCAGGGCGAGAACUGCAUGGAAAUAAUUGCGGAUUUAUUAAAGGAGAAGUUGGGGUUCGAGAGCGCAGCCGCCAUGAUUGAAAAUGCACAUCGAGUUGGGAUAAAUGGUCGCCGGAGCGGUGCGAGGCCUGCACCUCAUAUAAUCGUUAAAUUCAUGAGGAGAACGGACCGCAUCGCUGUUCUACGAAAAGCCAAAAGUUUAUUAAAGCAAGGUGAAAUAUUUGCAACUGAAGAUUAUACGCAAGCUGAUUACAAAAGGAAAUGUGAGCUGCGUCCAGUCAUGCAGAAAGCGUUUGAACAAGGUAAACGUCCACGUUUUGCCAACGGUAGACUUUUCAUUGAUGGGAAAUUAUUUAAGGACUGA